UCUCUUCUCUCGCUGCGCAUGCGCAUUGACGAAACCUGUUGAGUUCAUCCGGCUGGCGCUCCGAUGACGACAUGCUCUUAUUUUUACCGCAGUGACCUCAUCUCUUCACCGAGCGCCUUCUUCUUCCUCCCCUGCUUCUCCUGCUUUAAACCCCGCACUGGCCGCUCGGGCGGACCGCUGAGGAGCCGCGGGGACGUUUUCAAUCGAGAGGAACCAGUUCAGCAUGACGACCAGGAUCAGACUCUUCAGGACUCAGUCCUGGGGGAGACACGAAACCCCCCCAACCAGGCCCGCAAACUCUCUUUAGAAAGUCACUGGAACAGUGAGGGGGGGGGGGGGCGAGUAGAGGGAGGUUCCUGCCUGUCUGUCUUUCCAUCAGGAUGACAUCAUACGCUGACACAUUGCUGUCCUUCAUCCUCUGAGCUUCCUCCUCAGGUUGGGAGGGGGGGCGUAGUGUGACAUGUCGGCGUCCGGGUCGCGGCCCAUAGGAGCGCAGGCUCUGGUGGUCCUGCUGGAGGGGGGGCUUGACCGCGUGCUGCUGAUUGACAGCCGGCCCUUCGUGGACUUCAACGCGGCCCACAUCCUGGAGGCCGUGAACGUGAACUGCUCCAAGCUGAUGAAGAGGAGGCUGCAGCAGGACAAGGUCCAGAUCCACGAGCUGCUGCAGCACUCGGCCAAGAACAAGUUGGAGCUGCAGGAGGAUCAGGAGGUCGUGGUUUACGAUCACAGUUCUUCACAUCCGUCUUCUCUCAGCUCAGAGUCCUUCCUCAGCGUGCUGCUGCUGAAACUGGAGAAGAGCUUCCCCUCAGUGCACCUGCUCUCAGGUGGGUUCUCCGAGUUCUCCCAGCUGUUCCCAGGUCUGUGUGAGGGGAAGUCCUCUGUGGUUCCCUCCUGCAUGUCUCAGCCGUGUCUGCCAGUGAGCAGCAGCGGGCCGACCCGCAUCCUGCCUCACCUUUACCUGGGCUGCCAGAGGGACGUCCUCAACAAGGAUCUGAUGCAGCAGAACGACAUCGUCUACGUGCUGAACGCCAGCAACACCUGCCCCAAGCCCGACUUCAUCCCGGAGUCCCACUUCCUCCGGGUCCCCGUCAACGACUCGUUCUGUGAGAAGAUCCUGCCCUGGCUGGACCGCUCCAUGGACUUCAUAGAGAAGGCCAAAGCCUCCAACGCUCGGGUCCUGGUCCACUGCCUGGCCGGGAUCUCCCGCUCCGCCACCAUCGCCAUCGCCUACAUCAUGAAGAGGAUGGACAUGCCGCUGGACGAGGCCUACAGGUUCGUGAAGGAGAAGAGGCCGACCAUCUCUCCCAACUUCAACUUCCUGGGUCAGCUGCUGGACUUUGAGAGAAGGAUCAAGGGUCCGUGGGGCCCUGAGUCCAGACUGAAGGCUCACGGCAGUGAGGCCCCCCCUCAGCCCGAGCAACGGGAUUCUGAGGCCCCCGACGCGGCCCCCGACGUGGCCCCCGACGCGGCCUUCGCGGAGCCCCUCGCCGUCGCCCUGGAGGAGCGGCGGCUGGCCGAGGCGCUGAGCGGCCUGCAGCUGGCUGACUGCCCCGAGGACAGCGCCCGCCUGAAGCGCUCCUUCUCCCUGGACAUCAAGUCCUAUGGCGAGCCGGGGGGGGAAGGCGCCCCCCACCGGGUCUUUGCUCCUCACGGAACACCAGGAGAUGGCGAGUUCUUCAAACCGUCGGGCUUCAAGGAAGCCGCCAGUAAGCCGUGCCAGUUCUCCCCGGUGGAGGAGGUGUCGGAGCAGUCCACUCCGGAGCAGAGCCCCGACCAGGAGGCGCCCCUGGCUCCGCCCCCCUCCAUCACCAAACACCGCCCCGCCGCCCCUGGCUGCUUCCGGCGCAGCGGCAGCGUGGAGGAGAACGCCGCCAGCUUCCUGUUGGGCCUGUCGCGCAGCCAGCAGCACCUGGCCCGCCCCAGGGAGGCCCUGAAGGGCUGGCACUCCGACAUCCUGCUGGGACCCGUCUCCUCCUCCUCUCUGGCUGCCGGCUGGUACCUCUCCUCCGCCGUCCUGGGCGGGUGCGGCGGCGGCGGCCUGGAGGCGGUGCGGAGGCGCAGCCGGCAGAGGCCGGGGGACCGAGGGGACUCGAGGAGGAGCUGGCACGAGGAGAGCAGCUUCGAGAAGCAGCUGAAGAGACGCAGCUGUCAGAUGGAGUUUGGAGACCAGAGGGUGGGCAGCAGGUCCAGAGAGGACAUGACGCUGGCGGGACAGUCCAGCUUCUCCGGGAGCAUGGAGGUCAUCCAGGUCUCCUGAUCCUGGGCGCAGUGCAACAGACAGGAAGUGACAUCAGGACCUCCCAACUGUUCUUACCUGUGACGAGUGUUGCAUUCUGGGACUGUUUGCUGGCCUUGUUGUUGCUAUGCUAACGGUGGAAUCAGAGACUGUGGUUUUUCUGAAGUAAACAAGGUCUUCACUCCAACAUCUGUACGUCAUCAGAACUAUUUGUUUACCUUCAUUUGAUGUUUUGGUUUAAAUAUGUGAUUAAAUGUAGUGAAAGCUCACCUGUGAUGAAGACAUGGUGUGGAAGAGACGCUUUUGGACACCUGUCUGAAACCUCGUGAUGAUGAUGAUGAUUUGCUUCAGUUUAGGCUCAUUGAGCAGAAUGAGUCUGAUGAUUAAAUGUGUUUGAACCAAAAUAGUCAUUUUGAAACACUAGAAGUCCCAUGUUGUCUCGUUCUCUUUCCUCACAGAGAAUAUGUAUUUUAAUCAUAUUUUGUUUGUUUGUUAAAGGGUGAACUUUCGAUUAGUCACUUUUUGAAGCUUAAAAACAACCAGAGAACAGUUUUUCAGGUGAGAUGUAUUUUGAAGUAUGUUCUUGAUAAAUCUGUUAAAAUACAAAAGUAAACAAGCAAACAGUUAACAACAUGAAUGAAGAAUAAACUAAAUGAAAAAGACUAGAAAGUAAUGUAACUCUUUCAAACGUCAAUUAUUAUUUAUAUAUGUAUUUUUGUCAAAUAUUUCACCGUAAAAGUCACGUGAUCCCACAGCGCCCUCUGCUGGUCCCGCUGCGCUCCGCAAUGAAUCAAUGAGCCCGUGAAUCCACCAGUAGGGGGCGCAGUCUUUAUUCAUGGUUUUAAAGACUGAAAGGAACUCGGCGCUUCCAACCCUUUUGUUUGUUCAUUUAAAAUGUUCAGAUAGUUUCCUCAAACCACUGAAAGGCCUUGUUUUCUCCCCAGAAUGUUCUAAAGAGAAGUUAUUGAGCCACCUGCCCGUCACUCAGCGACGCGAGGAUGCUGCCUCCAUUGUCCCGCCCCUCCGCUCUCACCCCCAGCACAUCACUGUAGUGCCAGGAGGGGGCGUGGCUUGUGGAGAGGGCGGGGCGUCCUGCCAGCCCCUGCGCAGGGUUAAACACCCUCGGUUCAGUUGUUUCAGCGGGUCGCUUCAUUCCUCUGCCCGCUUUGCAGCGCAGUCUGUCGGGUACAUGGUCGGAUACCGGUCGGGAAGCAGCCAUGUUGUUCUAACGGACCACCGGAUGACCCCGCAGUGGCCAUCGCUCCCCUCAGCCUCCUCAGAAUAAAGCUAAGUCAGCGGCCAAAGCUCUCUAUG